GUGGCGCUGGUGCGCUCCGAGACUCAGUUAUCAACACCGGUCAGGAAACCAGAAGGAAGACGGAAGAGAAGAUAAAUAAAAGCCUCGCGUCAGUUUCUCCUAAAGCUUCAGAGAUGCGAUGUUUCUGCGUCAUGUCGCCGCGGCGGCGAUGGACGAAGUGAACGUGGUGUUUGCUGCUGUCUCGAGAUGCGUGGACGUCUGCUGCCUCCUGCUCGACCUGCUCAUCACCACGUUCGGCUGGCUGCUUCACUUCCUGUCCGGCGUCUGCGUUUCCCUCCGCAGCAGCAUGGUCGGCCGGAGCGGCUCCACUCUGGGUGAAUACUGGAACUUUGCUCUUUUCUCCUUCCUCACCGCCACCGAGGCCGUCUCCUGCGCCGCCCACGGAGCCCUGCACGCCAUGGAGGACUGGCUGCAGAUGCUGGGAGGAGUGUUAGAGAGUUUCAAGAUGGUGGGACACCUCUUUUGUCACAUGGCGUGGCGCAUGAAGGACAUGCUGCACCGCGGGUUUACGUUAGCGUGCUGCAUCCUGCGACAGACUUGCGAGGGCGUCCUCAUUGCCCUCAGCCUCAUUCUUUACUUUGUCAACACGGUGGUCAACGUCAUGCUCAUCAGCACGCAGAACUGUCUGUCUGUGCUGGCGGGCGUCUGGGAGACAGUUGCUGGCCCCGUCCACAAAGUGGUGGACCUGGCGCUGACCCUGCUGACCUUCCUGUACAGCUGUCUGGUCGGCGCCUCCGUGCUGCUGUGGACGCCCUGCCAGCUGCUGCUGGACUUCCUUGAAGCGCUUGGACGUGUCUUCAUCACUGUUUUCGUGGUCGACUCACACGGGCUGCUCGCCACAGUUGCCAUUAUCUCACUGACUUUGCUGGUGUUGAACCCCAGACUUCCUGUACUCGCUGGUCAGCUGAGCCUCCGUUUGGUCAACGCUCUGCCGGGAGUUCAUGGUGUUCAGGCGACCAUGCGCAGGCUGUACGCAGCGAUGGUGGAGCCAGCUCUGGCCCAGCGCGCGGCCCACACCAGGACAGCAGAGGACCUGAGUAGAACGAGGCUCUUGAACACAGACGCAGGUGGUUUAACCUCAGAGGACGACCCGCCUCGAGGAAACGUCCGGAGUCAGCCGGACGCGGCGCCGCUUCUCGCUCAGCAGGACGGCGAGCCGGGGAGCGGCGGCAGGACGAGUACAUCUCAGUCGAACUCAGCUGCGGAGGACGGGGAGCUGCUCCACCUGCUGAACGAGCAGGAGGAGAGGAAGAAGUGUGUCAUCUGUCACGACUUCAACAAGACGGUGCUGCUGCUGCCCUGCCGACACCUCUGCCUCUGCCGCCACUGCGCCGACAUCCUGACAGAACGCCGACCCGUACAGCAGCGCUGCUGCCCGCUCUGCCGGCAGAACAUCACACAGACCUUAGACGUCUUCCUCUGACGCGUCGCAGACGUGAACGUGAACCUGCAGCAACUGAGAGAACAGUGGAUUUAUUGUUCAUUCUUCUGAACUUCCUGUUUUUAAUGAGUUUCUUUUCUCCUUGAAGGUGAAUUUGAAACUUUUGUGUUUGAGACUAAAUGAGAAACUUGAAUUUGUUAAUUCUGGAUUCAUGAAACUGUGACAAACAGUUUUAAGAUUUCAGAAACAGUAGAAUUCAUGUUCAGUGAUGCUUUAAUGAACAUCUGUAUUAUUACUCUAUUUAUCUUAAUGAGAGUUUAUCUUCAGCUGUUAGAAACCAGAACGUAAAGUGUUAAAGUUCACAUCAGUUAAACUCGCUGCUCCUUAUUCACACUGGAUUCAUUCAGAGUUCAAGUUUCCUGACUGGAUAUCUGCUCAGAAGGUUCUUCCUCUCGUUAGCAGACGAACCCUUUUCUUUUAGCAGCAGAUGAACAACUUUAAUAUUUGAGCCACUGAAUCUGGACUUCAUUUGUUUUUCUUCACUUGAUGUGAAAUAUUCUAGUAUUUGAUUUUGUUCUUAUUCCUAUAAUCUACAAAAUACUUUCCAGGUGAGUUCGACGCACAAGAUGGAAGAAACUAUUAAUAAAUGAACCGAAAAGAAAAAA